AGUGUGUAAUCCCCUCAAACCAGCGUGUGUCCUGCGGAUUAUCAGACUGCUGUCAAUCUUUGUUCGGAGCUAAUUACACGUAUCCAUUCAAUAUUGAGGAAGUUUGCAAAUUCUUCCAAUUAACUGCACCUCAAUUGUAGGCUAGCUCUCAGGGGUCGCGCGCUUGCUGCUUGAGAUCGCGUUUUGUUCAUGUAACAAAAUCCCCUAAUAGCCGAAAAACCACUCCAUGCUCGAAGUGUAGGCUUAAAGUAGUUCUUGGUGGUGUUUUAUCGUUUUAGACUGGUAAUUAGGCGUCUUAAAUGUUUCAUCACCAAGUUAAAUUAGAUAUGAUAAUUUAUUUGUACCAACAGCUAACCAAUUUGCCCAUUUUAGGCUAUUCUGAGCAGGCAUAUUCCGUUAGGCCCAAUGGAUUUCAAUAUGUUGUCGUUCGCAAACAGACUUUAAAUAACGUUUACAUUUCCUUCUAGAAAUUAUAUGAACUAGGCUAUACUUUGUUGUUUUUGUUACUAUUUUAUUUUUAUAGGUUAGAAGAUUAUCGCCUUAACAACAAUAACAAGACAGACUGCGGAGUUUUAGGCUAUUUAGGCCCAUUUUGUUUAAAUGUCUGAAACUCAGUGUUUCAUAUAAUUUCUUUAUUUUUUAUUUUGGCUUACUUAGGCUACUUAUUUAUUGCACAGUGUCUCAGACUUUGAUAUAACAUUUCCGAACAAAUUAAUUUAAAAAAAAAAAUAAUAAUAAUUUCAAGUAGGAUAUGUAGGCCUACUCUUUCAUUUGAAACGUUUUAAUGGUAAAUAUAAAGGGAUCGUUUUACGUUGGCCUACGUGGCAAAUGUGUCAUUUUGUUACAUUUUUGUCUUGUAAAUCCUUUUCUAAACAGAAACGUUCAAUUUACUGUCACCUUAGGAGGGUGUGAUAAUAUGACAGUGAUUUCACCAUGAUAAACUAACUUAAAAGUGUAUAAGAAGCUUUUCUGUUUAAAAUGUACGUCGUUUAUUCAUUUAUAUAAUAGUUAUAGGUGCACGUGCUUACCACGGAGCGUUUUUGUAAACUGACGUUUUUAAUGACAUUUUGCGCGUGCAGAGAUCUUGUAAUUUUGAUCUGUUUCGGUCUUAAAGAUGUAAUCCCAGCCCCAGUUCCUCUCAUUUCUACAGGCCAUCAUGAUCAAGACAUCUGGAGUGGGAAAAGAUUAUUUAAGAUUUAUGUAAGGCGGUUUAUAAAGCUGCCAUUAUGGCCACAAGAAUCUCUGGGAGGAGUUAAAUGCUCUGCUCAGGGACAAUACUACAUCCCUCACUCUGGCCAAUCUGACGUUUCUUGACGUGUCGAAGGGGAUGUCACUCACACAAUAGACUCCCGGUCGAGGGGGAACCAUAUAAGGCCCCUGGGGGCCACUGCAUCCUCAGUGUGUGCAGGACCACUACUGGACAAAGUUGCUUCUGCUGGGACAGCCUGGACUAUUGGAAGUAGAUGUGCUGCUGAGUGUAUUGAUUAGGAAAUAUAAAACGGAAAAUCCUUAGAAGAGCUUUCCACACUUUGUUUUUUUCCAAAUCAAAACGUUCGAUGAGGUUUGUUGGAUCACAGUCCCAAGACAUGGAAGAGCGUCUUUCCCCCUCCGCGCGCUUGGUUCGCAGUCCUGGAUCCCAAAUGAGGAUCCACAGCAUUGAAUCCAUUUUGGGAUUUAAAGGAGAGAAUAUGUUCCACCCGGCGUUUUCCUAUGGAUCAGGAAAGCCAGUCAAAGACACUGAGCACUUGUUGUCCCCCAAAAAGGACUCUAAGAACUCCAAGAACUUUGAAGGUGUCUGUAGAUCUGCUGUCAUGGUCAGUCCGGAUCUACCGGAUGCGGAUGGUGGUAAAUUUUCGGAUGAUGAAAAUCCCAAGAAAAAGCACCGGCGGAACCGGACCACGUUCACCACAUUUCAGCUGCACGAGCUCGAGAGGGCGUUUGAGAAGUCGCAUUAUCCUGACGUGUACAGCAGAGAGGAGCUCGCGCUCAAGGUUAACCUGCCAGAGGUUCGAGUACAGGUGUGGUUCCAAAACCGCCGUGCAAAGUGGCGACGUCAAGAGAAACUGGAGGUGAGCUCCAUCAAGCUGCAGGAGUCCUCCAUGCUGUCCAUCCCCAGAUCAGGGCCACUGUCUCUGGGUAGCGGUCUGCCGUUGGAGCCCUGGCUUACCGGACCGAUCUCUUCCUCCGGCUCUCCGCUGCAGUCCCUACCCAGCUUCAUCACCCCUCAGCAGGGAGUACCAGCCAGCUACACCCCUCCACAGUUCCUCAGCUCAUCCACGCUCAACCACCCUCUGCCCCAUAUAGGGGCGGUGUGCCCCCCUCCACCAGCGUAUCAUUGCUCGGGGUUUAUGGAUAAAUUUUCACUAGAAGAGGCAGACCCACGAAACACAAGUAUCGCCUCACUAAGAAUGAAAGCUAAGGAACACAUCCAGUCUAUAGGGAAGACGUGGUAGACUGAGAGUGAUGCUGGACUGAGACACUCAGAGACUUUCUUUAACUUUAUAAAUCAGACUCUGUUUGGUCCUGAAAGUGGUUUUCACACCUGUUUGUGGUUCAUAAACCUCCCAGAGUUGUUCAUUGUACAUUACUGUCUUUUUUGUUUUAUUUUUUAUCAAGAGUUCAAUAAAGUUUGCAUAUAAUUCAACCCUUGUUGGACCAAAAAAAAAAAGCAUUUAAAGAGAGAAAUAAAUGUCAGUCAAAUAAUGUUUGCAUUAUAAAUGCAUGCAUUUAAUUUCACUGAAUCACAUUCGUCCGAUUCAAAAUUCCUUUAAAAUGGCAAUUCAUAGGAAUGAUUCACUGUUAAGUAUUGUACAAUGCAAAUGGCCACUUUCCACUUUCCAUUUUGUUGUAUGUUUUCACAUUGUAAAGAUUAAUUUUGUAUUUUAUAAUAA